UGACCUGGGAACCUUCUUCGAGGAACAUCACACAAGAUGCGCAUCAUUGCAUCACGAAAUACCAUAAAUUUGCCACCAAAACCCCAUUGCAUCCAUCUUACUUCUUUUCUCUUUACUCCAACCCUCACUUCUCAAACGCCAUCAACGAACAGUUCUCUGAUCUCCUAACCUGGGCACCUUACUGAUUACCUACUGUCCCAAAUACCUCAUUCUACCACCGCACUCCAAAUGGCCCCCAUCAAAGCUGCCAUCAUUGGCCUCUCAGCCUCUGCCAAAAGCGCUUGGGCUUCCCGUGCACACCUUCCGUAUCUCUUCUCACCAUUGGGCCGCUCCAAGUUUGAAGUUGUUGCCCUCCUCAACUCGUCAACCGAGGCCGCCCGCGCGGCGAUUAAAGCAUACAACCUGCCCGCUUCUACCAAGGCAUACGGUACGCCCGAGGACCUGGCUGCUGACCCGGAAGUUGAGCUCGUCAUCACCAACACCCGGGUCGACAAGCACCUCGAGACUGCUCUUCCCUCUGUCAUCGCUGGCAAGGAUGUCUACAUUGAGUGGCCUCUUGCUGCUAACACCAUCGAAGCUAGGACUUUGGCCGACGCGGUGAAGCAGCAUGGUGGCUUAGGCAUCGUAGGUUUGCAGGGGCCUCUGGGCCCCCUACCAAAAAAGCUCAGAGAGGUCAUCUCUAGUGGCAGGAUCGGAGAGGUCUUGAGCUCGGAGCUCAGGGCUAACGGCGGAAUUGAUGGGCGGGGUGUUAUUCCAGCUUCGCUGUCGUAUUUUACCGAGAGAAAGGUUGGGGGAUACGUCUACACUAUUGGAUUUGCGCACCAGUUUGAUCUUGUUCAAUCCGUCCUUGGAGAUUACAAGACCGGCCCCGACGCACCACAGGGUUUCCUGCAGAUCCAGCGGCCCCAAAUCAAAGUCAUUGGCGAGGACAAGACUGUGGUGGAAACUGUCACUUCCGACACGCCCGAUCUCAUCUUUGUGCACGGCUAUGUCGAUUCGGGCGCCAGCUUGCACUUCAGGUUUCGCGUUGACCCGCCUUUCCCUUCUGACCCUGCUCUGGUUUGGACCAUUGCGGGAACCAAGGGUGAGAUUAGGGUUUUGGCACCGAGCUCGACAUUCAUCCACAUUGGCAAUGCCGCUGAUCCUCAGAAGUUCGAGGUUCAUGACUUUGAGACGGAUACGGUUGACGAGGUGGAAUGGGACUUUGAAGAUUGGCAGAAGGAACUGAACUUCCAGGCAAGGAACAUUGGAGCUAUUUAUGAGGAUUACUACGAGGUGAAGAGGAAUGGCAAACAGAAGACGUUUGUAAGCUUUGACGAUGCGCUGAAACGUCACGAGCAGCUGGAGGAUAUUUUGGCAAAUGGUUUGAAGCAGUGAGGUAGCGAUAGACGGUAAUUUUGCUACAACCCUAGUUAGGUCCUAGCUUUUAGUCCCAGAAUUCAUGUUAUCCGUACUCCCGCUUGACCCCA